AACACACAUUUUUAGCCUAGGAACACUCCAUAGAACACUCUCUCGUAGCACAUUGGGGAGACCAAAUCACACUCAAAAACUAGUUUACAUAGAAGCUACAGCUACAAUGCUGCCAGCCAUCAAAGGCGAUAAAUGGCAGCAGCAGCGACGCAGCCGGUAUGGGGCAUGGGACGACCCUGGCGUCUCGAUGUUUGCGGUCGUCGGCCAGGAGCCCCUCGACAAUAUGCUGACCAUGAUGACGCCGCUGCCGCUCGGGACCAGCGACCUUGACAAGGAGGCCUAUCCAAUGAUUCACAAGACGUCGGAUGCCGACGACGCGGUCUUUCGCACUGUCAAGUUCCAGGUGGAGCAACUGGCACUCAAUCGCACAUUGCAGAUGCGUCCGAAGGAGGAGCAGAAGCGCAUUGACACCGAAAUCAUACGGGCCCUUGUGAAAGAGCGCAGAAGCGAGAUGGUCGCGGCCAGUCGGCGCAUACAGCUCCAGCGGAACGUGCCCGAGCUGCGCGACCUGCAGCUGGAGAUAAACGUGGCCAAGACGGCCCUGAGCGUCAGGAAGAGCAUGCUCUCGGAUCAGAAGCAGAGGUGCCUCAACAAAAAGGCUGAGCUGGACGAGGCCCGUGCCCAUCAGAAGCAGCUGGAACUGCAGCUGGGCAAGGAGAAGUUGGUGGCGGAAAAGAAGACCAAAGCCUUCCGUGAAGCACUGAUGAGCCAGCUUGCGGAGACAACCAAGAAUCGCCUCCAGGAGCAGCAAGAAACCCAGGCAAGGGAGCGACGGGAGCUACUCGAGUUACAGAAGAACUACGCUCUAGAGCAGUCGCAGGAGGCUGAGAAAUUGGCGCUGCGGCGCAAAGAGCUCCAAGAAUCCCUGAAGAAGACCACCGCCCAGAAGCAAGCCGCCCUCGAAAUCGAGGCAAGAAAGAAUGUGGGCCGCCCCCAGCGUGGGAUCCUCGACUCGUUCGGCCCGAGAACGGCCGCGUUCGUGGCCAAGGACAUGAAGCGCCGCGCGGACGAGAUCCAGGCCAGAGAGAUCAACAGCGCCCGGCUGGGCGCUGAACUCAGUCAGAUCCGACGCGAUCGGGAGACGAAUGACGAGCUGUUCAUCGACCUGCUCGAGCGCGAGUACCAUGCCAAGGACAGCAAGAAGUUCUUGGAGAAGAUUGCGGCCCAGCAGGCCGCGAGCUAUGCGAACCGCGAGCAGGUGUGUCUGCAGCGCACAGCAGCCAAGUACUUCCGGGAGCAAUGGGCUGCCAUCGGGAACAACAUCCCACGCGACUCGACCUCCUUUGGCGAGCGUCAGCACCGCCUGAACACCGGCCGCAACGCAAUGAUGCACGAGAAGAAUAUGCAGUGCCACCAUGAAAUGGUUGAGCUGGCCAUUGCCAACAAGCACCGCCGUAAGGCCGACGCCGAGGCGACUUGUGGCAUUACCUCGGCAUUGGCCCAGCUCCAGAACGCAGAGGAUCUUGCCGUGAAGGAGGAGCGACUCCGUAUGCUCCGCAGCGAGCCCCGGGAGGUGCUCAACGCCAUUCGACCCUUCGCCCUCACCGCCAGCGAGCACACGGUCCUCAAUCUGGAAACCAGCAAACGUAUCUGAUUUACACAUUCUGCAUAUUACCCAUUCAAUGCCAACGUAUGCUAAGGCCCAACGAAAUCUAUUAAAGAAGUUCCUU